UUUGGCAACCAAAUUUAACCAAAAUGUUGCCUUUGUGUUGUAUUAAAAAAAUGCUGCUUUUUAUUUUUUUCAUGCGUGUUGCAGCCUUACCACCUCAUCUCCCACAGCAUUCUUUUUCUUCGCAAAUACUAAAGCAACAGUUACUAUACGAUGACACAAACAAACCUCCCCAAUAUUUUGACAAUAGUUUGCCGCAAUCGAUUCGUAAGAUUAACACAGGAAACGGAUAUACUUUGGCACCUACCGAAAUUGCUUUCGCUACUAUAGGCGCCACGCAUCCUUUUGCAGUAAAUCAACAAAGCAGAGAUGACUGGUAUGCUUUAUGGUUAAAGGAUUUGCAGCGACGUCAAAAGCAACAAUUUCGUACUACAAAUUUCCGUACUCAAAAGGUUUUACAUCCGUUUGCACAAAAGCAGAGGAGUUUGGUCAUUGAUAAUACAAAUGCGAAAGACAAUUUACAAUUUAACGAAUUCGGUGACGACAAUGAGUACUCCAAAGAACUUGCACCCAAUCGAGAUGAGCACCAAAUUUUAAAUGUCGGCGAUAACGUCAAUUACGCUUUGCGAAAUGAUAAUGAACAAUUAUUAAAUGACAAAAAUAUGCAAAAACGAACUGAUAACAAUAAAGACAGAGAUUCGGCAGAAAUUGAAAAUUAUGAUAAAGUGUUUAAAAUGUCAAAGAAACGUAAGCCGUUGCCUAUUGGCGAUCAGUGGCCUCGCACAGUAUUCGAUAUUAUAACUUCCUACGAAGAACAAGCACCUAAAUUAAAACCACGUUAUCCCUAUGCUCUAUCGGAGCGUGAUAAUGACUUGAAAGAAUCCUUGAAGCAGCUUGAAAAAAUGCAGAACUACAAUAAACGUGAAAAGCUUCGUACGGACAAAGAUGAACAGCAACAGUUCGUACCCUCAAUAAGUGCAGGAACGAUGACUAAUCUUGGUGAUUUUUUUAGAGAUUUAUCUACAAAUGUUAAUUUCUCAGAGAACUCUAAAUUAAGUCACUCAGGAAAGAAAUUACUUGAAGGUGAGCACUCUUUACGUAGCAUAUUGGAAGAACAAUUUUCGAAUGAUAAAGACGUGACAGAUGGUGACCCCAACACUAAAACAAGUGGCGUAUUACAUGCAAUACGUAAUUAUCGUCCAUCACAAAAGAUACGCUCGUUAGUAGCUAUGAAUCCGCCUGGAUAUCAUGGUUCACAUUUCAUUGAUCCAAACUACAUGUGGGUGGGUUUGGGUAAAUAAUAGUCGAUUAUGGCAAUUAUGAAUGGUUGUCAGGGACAUACACAUAUCGUACUUGUAAAAUAUUAAAUAUAA